AAAUUUCGACAAUCUCGGGUCUUUCAAAUCAUGUGACUGAAAUUCCUGAAUCUAGUUCAGAAAGUAUACCUACUGAAUCUCAAGUUUCCAAUUCAUCAAGCUCUAAACCAUCUCAAGAAAAUGAUCAAGAUGAGUCAUAG